GCGCCGGCGCCGGCCAAGCCGCUCACGGUGCUCUCGUCGGACUCGCUGCGCUCCGAGAAGUGGAGCUUCCCGCGCGUCACGGCCAAACGGCCGGCCGAGGCGCGCCGCACCGGCUCGCGCGACGUGUCGGACGCCCGUUUGGCGGCACUGUUCGAACAGUACCGUGACCCGGCCGAGGACGCCAUCCUGGCCGACGGCGUGGAGCGGCUGUGCGCCGACCUCGAACUGCGGCCGGACGAGUUCCGCGUGCUCGUGCUGGCGUGGCGCCUGGACGCGCAGGCCAUGUGCCGCUUCAGCCGCGCCGAGUUCGUCGGCGGCUGCCGCGCGCUGCGCGUGGACAGCGUGCGCGCGCUGCAGGCGCGGCUGCCGCAGCUGGCGGCUGAGGUGGCCGCCGACGCCGCGCUGUUCAAGGACCUGUACCACUUCACGUUCCGGUUCGGGCUGGAUUCCGACCUGGGACAGCGUAUUCUGCCGGCGCCGAUGGCCAUCAGUCUGUGGCGGCUGGUGUUCUCGCAGCGCGAGCCGCCGCUGCUCGAGCCGUGGCUGCGCUACCUGGAGAAGCACGCGCAAAUCCGCGGCAUCCCGGCCGACACGUGGUCCAUGUUCCUCAGCCUGGUGGAGGCCGUCAGCCCGGACCUGGCCGACUACGACGACAAUGAGGCUUGGCCGUCGCUGUUUGACGACUUUGUCGAGUACCAAACGGACCAGGCGAACCAGAAUGUGAGUGAGUGCGACCGGGACUGACGCGGCGGCGGCGGCGGCGGACGACGAGCCGAGCGUCGCCCGA